ACACACACACACACACACACACACACACACGUUGACAUGAUAAUGCGCAGAGUUUGUGCCUAAUUAGGAAAUCGAAGGGGAAUAUAUCGAAACGACAGCAUGAACAGGUUUAUGCUUUAAACGAGUAGAAAAUCCUAUAAAAAGUGGUUUUUGGUGUUGGCUUUGCUUUGAGAAUUGUUUCUCGGUGCUGAUGAUGUGGUGACUCGCGGGCUCUCUCUCGGAGUCGGGCGCUGAAUCACCGAGGAGGAGCCGCGCUCGCGCACAGAGAUUUCAAUGAAGUAAAAUUUCGAGAGAGGAAAAAAAAAAAGGAGACGGUGAAGCCCGAAUAACCGGCAGAAAGAACGAGAAAGACACUGUUUCAGAGAGCCCCGGCACCCUUAGGAGACAAAUUCCCCAUUGCUUGUUCUCAUUCAGCCACAUCGGGGUCUAGGCUGCGUUUCUGGAGCAGGUGCUGAGGAGGAAGAGGAGGAUGAAGAGGGACUGAGGCGGCCUCGGCUGACGCUUUCAAAUAAAAGCUCACGUACUUGUUGUUUCGCAGCAACUCGUUGCCUCCUGAAAUGCGGGCCUCUUAAGUUCCGCCGUGCUGUGUGCGGUAACCUGCCGAGGGGUCAGAGCAGUCAGUGUGUCACUUGGCCGCGAGAAGAGUCGAUGGGAGAAGGGAGAUCCUCCAAGAGCCUCAGAAGGAGACCAGGCAGUGGGCAGGGUGGCUCACGCCACGAGCAUCCUUAGAGCUUCAGCAGUCAUCUUUCGUUGUGGGGGGAGGAGGUGCUUUGUGUCAGGAGAUGACUAAACGGGCAGCGAGUGUUUGAGGGGGUGGCACGGGAAGUGUGUGUGUGUGUGUGUUGCGUGAGUAAUUAAGAAAGAUGGAAGAGGAAUCUGGAACUGAGGAGUAGACACCGAAAGGUGCGCGCUGUGCUUGCUGUACGGCGGAUGCCCUACAGUGCAGGGUGUUCCAAGGUGGGACAGCGCUGGGCAACAUGAUAGAAAGGUGGAGGAAGACUCCUCUGACCAAAGGAGGAAAACAGGGCUUUCCCAUGAUGGUCACGGAGUUCCGCCAUUCGUAACAGAGAGCCCCGUGUGGUGUUUUUUUGAGCCUUCGGUCUUUUCCCCGUCCUCCAUUUUCCUUUAGUCUUUUUUUUCCACCGUGGGAUGGCUGCAGAAAGCCCGUUUUAUACUUUUUGGCCGGGAUUUGUUGGACUCAUCAUCCAAAUCUAAGGAAACGCUAACUACUCAACCUGCUGAAAAAUUGCCGCUGUAUGAACAUGUACUGUAGACACAUGCAUAGAAAGAAGUAAGGUUUUCAUCUCCGUCCAUGUAAUGGAUCGUUGACGGAAGCGCGGCGCGCGGUUCCAGUCCGUGUCCAUUUUGGCCGAACUUGCCUUUCUGGAAAGUUAACCGAAGAUGUGCCAGGUGAAUUAGGUUUUGGAGUGCAGCUGAGUUGCGAGCCAGGGGGUGAAAGGUCUGUUACCUUUUCCGUCUUUCCCUUUCUGUAACUCUAUGAUUGGAUGGACAGACCUUCAGAACCGCUCCUGUCGCAUGCAUGCCUUUGUGUAUUUACCGGAAGUACUCCAUUCAGUGUCAAAAGCGAAAGACUUGCACCUUAAGACGUCCAUUUCAUCACAUUGUCACCUUCACCCUUUGUUCUCAGAGAUGAACUCAAGGCAGUUUUUUACGGAUCUCAACAUGGGUCAUAUAUGAAAGAACUGGCCAAACACACUGGUACAUUGCUACUUUGAGCUGUGUGUGGAUUGUAACCCCGCAGAAACAUUUGAUUUUGAAAACCCAAAAAGUAAGACUGGAUGUGAUUUGUUUCAUCAUAUAUCUCAGGGGGAGUUAAGUUUUAAAAAAAAAAAAAAAAAAAAAAAUCUGUAAUUUGACUUCUUCAACCCCCCUCCGGCUUUCCUCUCCCCCCCACUUACUGUCAGUGGGGGGGGGGCAAGCUCUUGAGGUCACCCUGGGUAAUUACCUCUGUGGUUAGGCAGGUGUGAGACUCCUGACCAUGGACGCGGGUCAGGGCAGCCCAGAAAGCCCCAAUCGGGCUGUUGAGUACCUGCUGGAACUCAACAACAUCAUUGAGAGUCAGCAGAAGCUCCUGGAGUCGCAACGGCGCCGCAUUGAGGAGCUGGAGGUCCAGCUGGAUCGCCUGAGUCAGGAGAACAAGGACCUGCGGCUGGACCGGCACCCACGCACCUCUGAGCCUAGUCAGAAUCCACCCUCCUCCCACAACAGUAAUGCCAACCCUGUCCCACCACCUCCUCCUCCGGUGCCGGCUCGGGAUCGACGGGUGCACACUCGACUGACCCGAGGGCUCUCCUGUGGAUCUGCCCCGGUGGAGCGGGAACGGGAGAGAGAGAGACUGGACCGAACGGACAGCUCCAGUACCAGCCCAGCCGCCACUCUGCGCAGACAGCCAGAUGGAGACUGCUCUAAAAAAGCCAGUGUGGAAGGGGACACCCAGAGCUCGCAGGUGGGCAAGUUCUCAGGCAGCCCCUGCAGCCAAACCCCGUACACACGCAGCUCUGACCACUAUAGUGACAGCGGCAGCUCCCCUGGCACCCAGGCUACUCCUGUGGCCCCUCCAAGCCCAGCAAGCCUGGCCUGGGCCCAACGCUCACGCCACCAACCAGCCAGCCUGGCACUCCGCAAGCAAGAAGAGGAGGAGAACAAAAGGUGCAAGGCCCUGUCGGACAGCUAUGAGCUCUCCACAGACCUCCAGGACAAGAAGGUGGAAAUGCUGGAGAGGAAGUAUGGGGGCUACUUCCUGAGCCGGCGGGCAGCACGCACCAUCCAGACGGCGUUUCGCCAGUACCGUAUGAACAAGAAGUUUGAACGCCUGCGUAGCUCUGCCUCUGAGAGCCGCAUGACCCGUCGUAUAAUCCUGUCCAAUAUGAGGAUGCAGUACUCAUUUGAUGAGCGCCAGCCGCAGGCACAGCAGCGCUAUACUGGCACAAUGGCUCUAAGUGGGGCAGGGCACCAGCAUUCCCAGCCCAGUCCCCCUGAGCCCGGCAGCAGCUCCCCACCCCAUGGGACUGGCAACCGGUCUGAAGAAUACACUCACCUGGAGGACUCCUUCUCUAAACAGGUCAAGUCCCUGGCGGACUCCAUUGAUGACGCCCUGACAUGCCAGUCAGGGCGAGACGACUCUCAGGAGGGCAGCAGAGAAGGGGAGGGCAUAGGUGGGGUUGAGGGGGAUGAUUUUGGGGAAUGUGUGUGGAGCAACAACAGCAACCCUUCGUCCCGCAGGGGGAUGGGUGAUCGUGACCGGGGGGGCGGAGGGGUGCUUAGCAUGCAUGAGGACAGCACUGCCACUUCAUACAGUGAUGUGACGCUUUACAUGGAUGAUGGGUUGCCUUCUUCACCUCUUUCACUAGACAGGGCGCCGAGUAGCACUGACACUGAGUAUUGGGGCAUGGGCAGUGGUGUGGGGGGCCGCGAGGACAGCCGGGACACAGAAGGGGGCGGCAGCAGUAACAGCCGUCGCAGCACGCCCUGCACUGAGUGUCGGGACUACAGGCUACGUGGGGCCCAUUUGCCACUACUUACUAUUGAGCCUCCCAGUGACAGUUCAGUGGACAUGAGUGACCGCUCAGACAGGGGCUCGCUCAGCAGGCAGCUCAUCUAUGAACAGGAGCCUGUAGGAGGUGCAGGGUCACCCCAGGGUACCCUCAAACACAACCCCAGCGCCCGCUCCACUUCCACAGCUCAAGGCCAGACACGCACCCCCAGCCGGCCCCUCCCCACUGCCAUCCCCACACACAUACCACACCAUGUUGCUGCCCAUCACCACCACCAUCAUCCACUCCACCACCACCAGUACCCCGACACACCCCCUUCCUCCGCUUCUCCCCAGCAGCAGCCCCCUACCACGCCACUAUCUUCCUCCUCCUCUGCCCCGCUGGCGCCUAGCAGCCUGGAACAGCCCUGCUGCUCAGAUGCGGACAACGACUCGCUCAACUCCACAACCAACUCAAAUGAGACUAUCAACUGCAGCUCUGGGUCCUCAUCACGGGACAGCCUGCGAGAGCCAUUGCCCACGCUGGGCAAACAGACCUACCAGAGGGAGAGUCGCCACAGCUGGGACUCCCCAGCCUUCAACAAUGAUGUGGUGCAAAGGAGGCAGUACCGCAUUGGCCUCAAUCUCUUCAACAAGAAGCCAGAAAAGGGCAUCCAGUACCUGAUAGAGAGGGGCUUUGUGUCAGACACACCAGUGGGCAUCGCUCGCUUCAUCCUGGAAAGGAAGGGCCUGAGCCGACAGAUGAUUGGGGAGUUCUUGGGAAGUAGACAGCAGUUCAACAAGGAUGUCCUGGACUGUGUGGUGGAUGAGAUGGACUUCUCAGGGAUGGACCUGGAUGACGCACUAAGGAAGUUCCAGGCUCAAAUCAAAGUUCAGGGGGAGGCCCAGAAGGUGGAGCGGCUCAUAGAGGCGUUCAGUCAGAGGUAUUGUGUGUGUAACCCAGUGCUGGUCCGGCAGUUCCAGAACCCCGAUACCAUCUUCAUCCUAGCCUUCGCCAUCAUCCUCCUCAACACUGACAUGUACAGCCCCAACGUCAAACCUGAGAGGAAGAUGAAGCUUGAGGAUUUCAUCAAGAACCUGCGAGGAGUGGACAAUGGCCAGGAUAUCCCAAGAGAUCUGCUCGUGGGCAUCUAUCAGCGCAUCCAGAAGUGGGAGUUGAGGACUAAUGACGACCAUGUGUCCCAAGUGCAAGCUGUGGAGAGAGUCAUUGUGGGCAAGAAGCCUGUGCUGUCACUACCUCACCGUAGGCUGGUGUGCUGUUGCCAGUUGUAUGAGGUGCCUGACCCCAACCGGCCCCAAAGGAGUGGCGUGCACCAGAGGGAGGUUUUUCUCUUCAAUGACCUGCUGGUGGUAACAAAGAUCUUUCAGAAGAAGAAGACCUCUGUCACCUACAGUUUCAGACAGUCUUUUCCUCUAGUAGAAAUGCAGGUCCACAUGUUCCAGAACUCAUAUUAUCCCCAUGGAAUCCGCCUGACAUCAGCCAUCCCAGGUGGGGAAAGGAAGGUCCUCAUUGUUUUUGGAGCCCCCAGCCAGCAGGACCGUACUCGCUUCACCAGUGACCUGAGAGAGAGCAUUGCUGAGGUGCAGGAAAUGGAAAAGUACAGGGUGGAGUCGGAGCUUGAGAAGCAAAAAGGGGUGAUGCGGCCAGGCUUGCUGAGUGGAAGCAUGAUGGGCAGUGGCAGCCCCGGAGGUGGAAGUGUGAAGACAGAGGCUGUGAAUGGGACCCUGGGAAGACCCAGUCUGGAUGACACCUAUGCAGCUGGAGAAGGACUCAAACGAACUGCACUUAGCUCAUCGCUGAGGGACCUUUCAGAGACAGGGAAGCGGGGUCGCAGAAACAGCGUGGGUUCCCUGGACAGUACUAUUGAAGGAUCCAUCAUUAGCAGUCCUCGACCUCACCAGCGCCUUCCCAUGGCAGCCGUCAUUCCCCCUUGCUAUGGUCUUGAAGAUUACCGGUCUCACCGCCCCAUCCUGAGCCCCGGAGUGGGGGUGGGGGGUGGGCCGGGGCAACAACACACCGCUGCUGGGACAGUGGGAGUAGGUGGGAGUGGAGGAGUCUCCAGCAGCAGCGAGAGAGGGGGGGUGGGGAGCGGUGGGAGUGGAGGCAGCAGCACUGGCUCCUUCCUGGGCUCCCUCUUCGGCAGCAAGCGUUCCAAGGCCCCAGGACCCAUUAUCCCCCCGGGGCCACCCUACCCCGCCCCGGUGCCCCCACCCACUACAGGAGGCCCCCCACCACCCUCCCCUUCUUCUCUAAGCCAGUCAGAGGUUGGGGGGCCUUCCAAGAUCCAGGCCCUGCACGCGCAGUACUGCCACAACAGCGCCGGUCAGCCGCCUCCACCAUACCACCACCACCAUCGCUACCACGUGCAAACCGUGCCGCCGCCCAGCCAGCCAUCCGCUGCCCAGGCCUCUACACAUCAUACCCUCCAAAGAGGUUCGUUGCCCAGGCGGCCACCCCCCGCACCUUCUCACGCACCCUCUCACGCCCAGUUGCAGCAACUCUCCCAACUCAACCAGUUACCCCAGCACGCUAUGGCAGGCCGUUACGCCAACAUGGGUAUGGGUAUGGGCGUGGGCUGUCCGCCCCCUCUUUCACCUCACUCCCCUCUUUCGCCCCUCCCUCAGUACACGCUGUACCACGCACAGCCCACACACUCAGCCAGGGGUGGAGGCCCCGGCAAGCUGCCCCUGACACUCUCUCAUUCCCACCCACAUGCUCAUGCCCUUCCUCAUACUCAUACACACACGCACACCCACACCCACACCCACCCCGGCCACGCCCACAGCCCCCACCCGUCUUCGUCUCACCCCGGACAUCAGCCUCACUUCGUGUUUGCCGCACCACCCCAGGCUCCGCCUGCUUCCAUCACCGCCCGGCACCUGCCCCAGGGCGCCCAGUAUCUGCCCCAGUACCCACCACUCUCCUCCAUCCCCCCUCCCCCCCCCCCACUCCCCUUUACCCCCCCCUUCAUCCCCCCUUACCCCUCUUACGCCUCUCUCCCCUCACCCCCCCCAGCACCCUGGACAGCCACAGCAGGGGGGUCAACAAGGAGGGCACGGAGGAGGGGGAGGCAGCGGUGGCGGGGGCACCGGCACGGCAGGCAGCUCCAAAUCCAAGCCUAUCAACCGUAUCAGUACUGUGGUCUGAGAGGGGUGCAAGGCUGGGGCCGAAGGGCAACGCGAGGAAGCUGGAGGGUAGUGGCGAGGCCCGAACAGGGGCGCAGGGUUCGGAGGCGGGAUGCCCGGAGACGUCGCAGGGGCAGGAGCAACAGGAAGAAGCACAGCUUGCUCCGCCUCUGCUACUUUCAUAUUCGCUUCCCACGCGUGUAGAGAAUCAUUUUGAUACAUGGGCAUGUACUGAAAUGUACAUGUGAACAAAUGUUGGUAUAAACAUGACAACAUUUAAAGCUGCAGUGCUUACUACAUUGUUGUCAGUUACAUGCUGAAGCUAGGCAGGUGAUGUAGAACAACAUAUAUGGAGUAACACCGAAUCUGAUGAUCGCUAAGGGCGUUAAAAUGGAGGUUGUUUGAAUAUGCUAAUGGCAGAAUGUGUUAUUUUUAGAUGAGUAUUUAAUGCUUCAGAAAUUAAGGGCUUUUGUUUCUUUAUUUCAGUGGAAGCCACCCGAGUUGCAUUUCUGCCAAACAAAGAAAUUCCAGUUGGGGUGCCAAACUUCUGUAGUGAGGGAUACAUUUGGAAAAGUUAUGAGUCUUCAUUUCAGUACUGUUCAAAAGAGAUGGUAUAACAAUAUAAUUCUCAAAUGUCACCUCCAGGGGAGCUGCAUAUUCUAUUCUACACAUUCUGCUUUACUGACUAAAGGACCGACACAGUCAGCACAAUGUUCAAAGCACUUAACCAUUUGAGUGUUUUGCUUCUAUCAGCCCAGAAUGAAAAAUAAGCAGCAAAAGCUGAGAGAGAGCGAUAUCUUGGCAAACUGCUCAAACAUAGUUCCCUAUCAAUUUUUACACGUUUUACAGAUUUUUAUGGAGAGUAUAUAUACGAUGGCAGAGGCCUAACAGACAAUGAGCAGACUAAUGCAGUAACACUGCUGAAGUGUCAGUCAGAUCAACAGAAGCAUGAAUACACAGACACUAAUGCACACAAUGCCACAUACUUCAAGACUCACCUGAAGUCUCUCUAGACAAGAGAGGCAGGAUAUUAAUAACCAGUAUGUUGCGAUGACUAACACUUUGAUGUGGGAUAUGCUGAACUUCCCAAUUUCCUAAGGCACCGGCAGUAAAACCACAGUGAGGUAUAGUGCUGCAGCCAUUCUGUUGAAUGUCUGAGCAGAGCAGCUGUGGGCUUCAAAUGUUACCCAGAUGGACACAAGUAUAAACUGUGAAUGAUGCCAGAGAAGUUCCAGCGGUACUGGGGGAAAUGACUGGCAACGUUUGUUACUGAUGCUUAGCUCAGUAGCAGAGGAUCCAGUCAAACCAGCUUUCAAAGUGUUGUCAUAUUUUAUAAAAUUCUUUAUUUUUUUCCUGUUUUUGUAUAUAUUUGAUUUGAAAUUCUUUACGGACUGUACCACCUCUCAUGCUGGUCUACUUGUCUCAGAGGCAAAGGAUGAACUCCUCUGAUGCACCCUCCAAAAGUGAGUGCUUUCUUUACUCAUUACAGGGGUCGUGGCAGGGAAGCUAACAGAGAGCUGAAUAUGCCCUAUCCCCACAUCAGACUAAUAUUCUGCCACUGCAGGUCUCCGAUGCUCAGUGGAUGCAAAAUAAAUUACCUGUAUGACAGCUCAGUGAUUUUUGCUAUUAUCCAUAGUAAUAGUAAAUAUUACUCUUACUUUGAUUUUAACUACAUAUGUAUUGGUUAACUACAUACUCAAGCCUAUUUGAAACUGAUAAAUUCUGAUAGACUUUAGUAUACAAGAAGAUCUUUCAAGCUUUAAAAUCUUACAAGUUUUAAAAUUGCAUGUCCCUAACGUUCAAGCAAUCGUGUGUCUAACUCCUCUGAGUUCUAUCGCUUGUUUUCAAUCCCCCUAGAACCUGACAAGUUGUUACACCACUGACAAACAAUGUGCUGUUUCAUAAUCAGCCUCCAAUUAAUCUUAUUUUUAUGUUCAAGAAUACCGUAUCAAAGUGCAAAUCUCAAAGUUGUUAAAUAAAGCUUUCCUUGCAAAUAUGUUAUCCCUAAAAUUAUUUGUAAACCGCUGUAAAGAUUACAAGAACAACAUUAUUGUAAAUCAUUCUGUGCUUUAUCUUUGCUCUUGUAUUUAUGCAGAAAUACUCUCAGAUCUGUUCCUAGAUCUCAGUAACCUAUUUUUCAGAUUUUUUGUAAAGCUGAGCAUAUCAUGUCUUUAUUUAGUCCAAAAUUUUAUCAGGGUAAAAAUGCUUUAUUGUGCAAAGGACAUAAGUAACAUUCCAUAAUGGACGAUUUAUAAAUAUAAUUUAACAGGCCUAGAUGCACUGGAGGCCUUGCUGAUGUGAUUAAGGGAAGCAGAGAGAUACUCAGCUGCAUUGAAAAAUCCAUACAGGGAUUACAAAGGUGGUACUUCACUUGCAUUGGUAAGAUUGAUAUCGUUUCACUUUCAAGGCCUUUUACAUUACAAUCUAAAAACAUUUUUUGCAAACUUGAGUUUUUUUUUUCUGGUUAUCAGUGUUAAAUUUAAAAUUCCUAUUACGAAUAUACUCUUUAGAGAAAUACUACUUUUUAACUAACAAUUUCAGACCACCGUUGAGCACGCAGCAACAAUAUUAGCACUCUAGAUAUAGAAAUCUACUGGGACCUUAAUUGUAAAUGAGCCUCAUGCUGUGUGGUUGUUUUGGGUUUUAUGAUGUCAAUAAUUAUUACUAAUAUUGCUGAAAUUGUUGUUAAUGGUGUAACUGCUAUUACUGGUAUUAUUAAUCAUUGUUUCUAGCAAUCCUGUUUUUAUAUAUUUUUUAUAUUGUCUUUUUAAAAGUCGCAGGGUGUGCUUGUGUGUGUGCGCACAUCUGUAACACAAUUUAUAGAAGCAAUGAUUUAAAAGUACCUUUUGAGUGCAACUGAGAUUUAUUUUAUGUAAUUUUAUUUUUUGGAUAACAAUGUCAGUUGGUGAAACAUCUUGUCUAGUUUCCUACAGUAAAUUACUCAUAUUGCAAUGUUUAAUAAAUUCUUUAACAGUAAUUUAGCCACCACUGCAAAACAUCUAUGUAUAUCCCUGUUGUUUGUAUCAUAGCAUGUAAGGGCAUCUGCGCAUACACACAAACACCACAUUACAGUGUUUAUUUUGACCAGAAUCACAGUGUUAUGAUGCAGCUUUUUUGAUGCAGUUUUGUGGUUUUGCACACAGUAGCGACACUGUUGAUCCCUGUCUCCUACCAACCACCCUCAGUCCCAUGGCAUUCCUUCUAUUCGUAUCCCUGUUUCCUCACUGGUGUCCAUUUCUCAUGCCAUUGCUCUAGCUUUGUCAUUGUGCUCAGGCUGACUGGGGCGUUGGCUGGGUUUCAUUAUGUAUUGUUUGGUACGAUAAAGAAAGGAACAGUGUAAAGACGCAAAUGUCCAUUGCUGAAGCUCCACUGCACUGUAUUGUGCUUGUUUAUGCUGCUUUGGAAUGGACUGAGCUCUCCAACCCUAUAUUGCAGUAGGCAAGGCUGCCCAACCAUGCAUUCGUAGUCAAGCCUAUACCCUUUUAUUGUUUCUUUUUAAUGCAUUUGAGACACAUCACUUGCCCUCCUCUCUCUUGGUCCUUCUUCUACUAUUUUUGCCUGCUUAGAAGGGGGUUCCUCGUGCAUCACCGUGGUUAAAAUCUGAAUCAUGAGAUUGAGUCAAAGAAAGCUGAAUAAUGUAGGAGGAAAAAAUUUGUGUGGAAAAAAAUGAGACAAUGGUUAGAUGUGAAGAUGGAAAAGAGAGCGAGGAGAGGCACUGAGGGUGUCUGUGGCUUGAAACUUGUGUAUUGGCCAUCACUGACUGGAGUCAGAAUCGCCAGUGUCUUCCCAUUGUGGUUCAUGUUGCAUGUGUAUUUGCACUUACUGAAUGAAGCUGUACAGACCUGAAUGUACAUAUACUCUUAUAUAAAUAAGCAACAUUGACUAUGGAAUGGAUUGUACCAUGUCUCUGUAAUUCAGGGGAUUUGGCAGAAUUAAUAUUGUUUUUAUUUGGGUUGGGAAUGAGGGAAAUGAAUUGUAAUUGUAAAGUUGUGUGUGUCAGAGCUAUUAAUAUUAUUUUAAACACGAGAAAUAUAUAUGGAAUUUUAUUUGUAUAUACAUAUAUGAAGUUUUAAUUGAACAAAUACAGAGAAAUUACAUGUGAAUAUUUAUUGCUUCUAAUAUAAAAUAUGUUCUUGCUGUGGAAA